AUGGCAAACCCGUCUUCUUCUUCGCACGAUUCGGAGCCGGAGAGCUAUACCAGUAUGUCUGUCGGCGACGUGGAGGCUAUUGGCGCCCACUGCCAGUUCGCCUUCUGCCACCAGCUUGACUUCCUUCCAUUCCGCUGCGAGAGCUGCAGGGGCACGUACUGCCUCGAUCACCGCACAGAGACCGCGCACAAGUGCACCAAGGCUGGUGCAUGGGCGCGCGCACGCCGUGAAGCCUCGUCCACUCCAUCAUCGACUUCCUCGACGCCGAAGCCCAACAUCCUCACACACGAACAACAAUGCUCGUCGCCCGUUUGCAAGACCCUCGUCAACACCUCGCUCAACCCUGGAGUGCACUGUCCCGACUGCAACCGGCAAUACUGUUUGAAGCACCGCAUGCGGGAGGAGCAUGACUGCGCGAAGCUGACGCCCCUGGGCGCCAAACCCGCGUCGCAAAAGGACCGCGGGCUUGCGGCGCUGGAGAAACUCAGGGCGUGGGGCAUGAGCAAGAAGGCAGCGGCUGCAGACACGUCGAGGUCGAAGCCGCUGCUCAGCCGAAGCAGCAACUCACCGGCGGCUCGCGCGGCGGCGAUCAACAAUCUCAAGAAGACGGCCAAGGGGGACGCCAAGCUUCCGCCGGAGAAGCGGGUGUACUUGCAUGUGGAAGCGUCGGCCGAUACGACGACCGCCAAACACCCCACGGGCGCUUUCUUCUACAACACCGAAUGGAGUGUCGGCCGAGUGCUGGACAUGGCGGCGAAAGCGUUGCAGGUGGAGAACGUCAACAACAGAGGAGACGGGGAAGAGAACAAGCUGCGCGUCUUCCACGUCGAAAGCGGGAAGUUGUUGGACUUUAGUGACAAGGUCGGCGCUUCCUGUCAGACAGGCAACACCAUCGUGUUGCUCAGGGGCGUCGGACCGCCAGUGCCGGAUUUGAUCCAGGUGUAG